CCUCAAAAAACCCACCAAUCAAAAUGAAGCUAGUAAUCCUCCUCAUUUCCGCAACGGCUCUCCUCGCCGCGAACGCCCGACCCGACCCGGAUUUCAACCCGAUCCGGCUCCGGAGCGAGGGUCGGGUCGGAGCCUUCGUCAACAACUGCGAGAGCUGGCGGUUGGCGUCGGAGGUGAACAAUUUCCGAAGCUGGAAGGUGGUCCCGGAGCAGUGCGUGGACUACGUGAAAAGCUACAUGACGGUGGAGGUCGGAAUCCAGACACAGUACGAAUACGACGUCGGCACGGUGGUGCUGGAGGCGAUUGAGUAUCUGAACACGGUGUCGCCGGCGAAGGGGAAGAAUGACACGUGGCUGUUCGAUCUAACCGACACGUUGCUCUCCAGUCUUCCGUACUAUAGCCGGCCCGGUGCCAAUUACGGGGGAAAUCCGUUCAAUGAAACGGCGUUCAACGAAUACAUUAAGGAAGGGAACUCACCGUUGGUGCCCAACGUUAACUAUUUGUACAAAGACGCGCAAGAGAAGGGGUUCAAAAUCGUCAUCCUCUCGGGGAUUAGCGAGGAUCUAAGACCCGUCGUAGAAGCCAAUUUGAAUAAAGUUGGAUUCGCAAAAUGGGAUAAGCUCAUCCUCAAGUACAAGCCGGGAAUGCCGACGAAGGAUUUCAAAGCAAGCGAGCGAGCACAACUUAAGAAAGACGGGUUCAAAGUGAUCGGGAAUGUUGGAGAUCAAUGGAGCGAUUUGCUAACGGGGACAAACGCCGGGAAGCGAGCAUUCAAGAUCCCAAAUGCUUUAUACUACUCGUAGUGAGACGACGGCGACGGCGGUGGCGGUUUCGAGCCGGACCGGCCACAUUCCGGUCGACCGGCCGGUUUGUGAUCUUUGUUGUUGAAGUGUUAAUUAUGUUAUGAUAUGAAUAAGGUGUAAGUGCAUGGACUGCAGGAUAAUAAAUUUCAGUGGAGCACGUGCCUGCCUAUUAACAAA